AUGACCUCAAGUAAUCCAUCACACAUCCCAAGCACCGCAGCGCGCGAAAAACACGUCGGUGGCCUCUCAGCUGUGCAGACUCAACACCGUUCAGACGCUGGAUCAAAGCAUGUCACUCUUGCAACAAUACCCGACCUCCGGUUCGAGCAAAGCUAUCUUAAGAGUAUUGCUCCUUAUGUACAGACUCGUCGUGUAGCUGGCAGUGCGGGUGGAGAGGAGUGUAGAGAGGCCGUUGGCGUGCGGUGGAAACAAGUUCUUUGGAUCACGACGCGAGAUCAACUCGCGAGCCCACUCCUCCAAGGGGCCGUCUGGGGGGUUGCACAGCCGUUUGUUCGAUCGUUCUUCGCAGGCGUCCGCGCAUUCUUCGCUCGCGCCUUCUACGGAUUCUUUGGAUUCUUCGGAUUCUUCAGGUUCUUCAAACAAACCGCAUCCAGAGAUUCACACGUCCCGGUUUCAAGACAGCUGAAGUCGAGUGGCGAUGGUGAGUUGACUCUUCGAUUACGAGAGUGGGCGAAGGACUUCGAGGAAGACAUUUAACAUCAUCGCUCAACUUCCAAACGAACAUACCAUGUUGCAAUCCAUACGUCGGUUAUCUAUCGUAUUAUAUGUUGAAAACCACUCAGCAUUUUGAUCUUACGGCUGGAAAGCACUUGCGGCUGGUACCUUUGCCGGAUUAUUUUCGUUGCGUCCGCCAGUAAAAGCCCGUGUACGUAGGAGGCGAUAAUCGACGUUAUCCAUGACCUUCAAGACGCUCUUGCACCGGUACACUCAUGGAGCACUUCUUAAUCACCCUUUCUUGAUACAGGCUAGAAGCUCACAGGACAUUUACUAGCUACUGCAUACCAAUGUGCUUAGACAUGUACGAGAUAAAUUAG